AAUCGGAUCAAGGUGACAGACAAUAAACCGAGAUAUCAAAGACAUGCCUUAAAUUACUUUUAGACCAAUCAGAAUAAAGGGGCUGAACAUAAAGGAGUACAAUAUAAGGAAGCCACGAUCUGAGUUCACUUUACUGAAGCUAAAUAAAGCAGAAAUCUUAGACAUCUGGGCUGUGUUUGGACGACUACUAGACCCCUUUUAAACUCAAAAUCACUUGCUGGGAAAUGGCCAUGGAUAAGCCAGUUUGCCUCAUUGACACAGAGUCAGAUGGGAAGCUGUGUGUACAGCAGUCAGCGCUGCAGAUCCUGCAGAAGAUCGAGCAGCCGGUGGUGGUGGUGGCUGUGGUCGGUCUCUAUCGCACUGGGAAAUCCUACCUGAUGAAUCGGCUCGCAGGAAAACAAGCAGGGUUUGCACUGGGCAGCACAAUUGAGUCCAAGACGAAGGGCAUCUGGAUGUGGUGUGUGCCCCACCCCACUGAAAAAGAAACCACUCUGGUGCUGCUGGACACUGAGGGACUCGGAGAUGUGGACAAGGGGGACUCAAAGCAUGACACCAACAUCUUCUGUCUGGCUGUGUUACUGAGCAGCACUCUGGUAUACAACAGUCGAGGGACGAUUGACAACGAUGCUAUUCAGAAGCUGCACUAUGUUACUGAACUAACAGACUGUAUUAAAGUCAAAUCAUCAAAUGAGGAUGCUGACGAUUCAAUCGAGUUUGUGAAGUUCUUCCCUAGUUUCAUCUGGGCUGUAAGAGACUUCACCCUUGAGCUAAAGAUUGAUGACAAAGAUGCAACAGAGAAUGAAUACCUAGAAUUUGCUCUCAAGCUGAAACAUGGCACUGGGAAAAAAGUAAUGGAUUACAACCUACCGAGGGAGUGCAUCCAAAAGUUUUUCCCUUCAAGGACAUGCUUCACUUUCCCAUUUCCAACUGCUCCAGAGAAUGUAUCUCGCCUGGAGAGCUUAAAUCCUUCUGACCUUUCACCUGACUUCCUGAAGGUCACAGAUAGUUUCUGCCAGUUUGUCUUUCAGAAGAGCCAGACAAAGAAGCUGAAAGAAGGAUACACAGUCACUGGCAGGGUUCUGGGUAAUCUUGCAAAAACAUACGUGGACACCAUCUCGAGUGGGGCUGUGCCAUGUCUGGAGAACGCUGUGAUCGCUAUGGCAAAGAUUGAGAAUGAGGCUGCAGUGAAAGAAGGGCUUGAGGUCUACAAAAGUGGAAUGGAGAAGCUGAGGAACUCUUUCCCUCUGGAACUGAAGGAUGUGUCCUCAGAACACCAACAGCUCAGCAACCUGGCAACACAAACCUUCAUGAAGCGUUCAUUCAAGGACACUGAUGGGAAGUACCUAAAAUCUCUUGAGGAAGACAUUAAUAAUCUCUUUGAGGGAUACCUAGGCCUAAAUGAGCAAGCAUCGAAGAAGAGAUGUGAGGAUCUUCUGUCAUCCCUGACUGCACAAAUGACGGAAAACCUUAAGCAAGGGCUCUACGCCAAACCUGGUGGCUAUGAUCUCUUCUGCAAGGAUCUGGAGGACAUUGUGAAAAAAUAUAACAUCCAGGCCAAAAACAAAGUCAAGGCUGAAGAGGUCCUAGAGGAGUUUCUGAAGCAGAAGUCUGUUGAAUCUAAAGCCAUUUUGCAGGCUGACAAAAAACUAACUGAGAAAGAGAAAAAGAUUAAGGAGGAACAAGAGAAAGCAGCCCUCUUGAACCAGGAAAUCAAAGCUAAAGAGGAAAAGCAACGACAACUUGAGGCGAAGAUGGAAGCAGAGAAACGUAGUAAUGAAGAGAGAAUGAUACAGAUGAAACAGAAGAUGGAUGAAGAGAUGAAGCUUCAGAGAUUGGAAGCUGAGCGUGCCAUGGAAAGUAAACUGAAGGAGCAGGCGGCUCUGCUGGAGAAGGGCUUUAAGGACAAGGCAGACAUGAUGACCAGGGAGAUGGAGGAGUUCAAGAGACAGAGCUCUGAAGCUGAGAGUAAUCGAGCUAGAGAGUUUGCAAUGAUGAUGGAGAACUCCAACAAGAGACAUGAACAGACAAUGACCAUGAUGAUGCAGCAACACAGAGAACAAAUGAAAGCCAUACAAGAAAUGAAUGCACAGCCUAAAAGUAGAUGUCCCAUCAUGUAGAUGUAAUAAAUUAAAUGAUUGCCAGACAUCAUCACUCCUAAGAACUCUGGCUCGAACUUCUGAAGUCAGGAGUGAUGAUGUUACUGCGGCUGAGGUGCUGCAAAACUGAGCGCUCUUCCGCCAUACAUACAAUAUACUUCUUAUUUUGUGCCACCAUACUUACUCAUGUAACUACUCAUAAUGGCGCUUUUCCAUUGCAUAGUACCCCACUGUUUAGUUUAGUUUGGGUCGGGUCAGCUCACCUCACUUUGGCAUGGUUAGCUUUUCCAUCGAGUUUAGUAUCACUUCGCAGUGGGAGGGAUUAUAGGCAUGUCAUUAUAUUUGCGCUGCCUACUGCUGUGACAUCAUACACGUGAGAGCGUUGUACAUUCCCAUACAUUUAUUUAUUUCUUUGUCCACCACAAAUAGAUGUUUGCACAUUGCAUUUAUCACUACCUCUCGCUCACAUGACAGUUUCUGUUCAAACACCCGACCCGUGGCGUCAGUCGACGGCGCUCCGCUGAGCCUCAUUGAAGUUGCAUUUAAGCAUAUAAUGCUGACGUGCUAGUCGUGAAUGUUCCGCCACAAACUGCAAGUUUGGAAAAAACUGUUAUGGUGUCCCGGAUUCUCAACCUGUGGAUGUUUUUUGUGAGUUUGGGAACUUAUAGCAGAGCACAGAUGACAACAUUUUUGCUUGAGACAGCGCAAGCUAGCCUAGCACAGGUAAAGUUAAUCUACAUUAUAGCAAUGACACUGUAGUGACGAUUCUCUCAGACCAAUCAGUGACCUACAGUGUUUUCGUGUCACGUUUGGUAUCAGCCCUGGUCGCUUGGAACCCCAACCAAGGUGGUACGAAAAAAGUAUUGGGUUCUACGUACUGCACCCAAUGGAAAAGCUCCCAAAAGUAAGCUGACCCGACCCAAACUAAACCAAACUGUGAAGUACUAUGCUAUGGAAAAGCGCCAUAACAGUCUUUAAAUAGGGAAAACAUGGAAGUGUUUGGUGGCUUCUAAAUUCAUCCCUGUUUGAUCCUAAGGAAUGAAUGGAGCUUGGCUAAAUGGAUGCGUUUCACAAUGAUUAAGUGCAUGCAUUGAGAAAAGAGAGGUAUGUAUUAAUUCGUCUAAGUUGAGGGAAGUACAUAGUAAAAUAUUGAAAACUGGUUUUCCUUUAACAUGUUACAAAAAAGUUAAAUACAUACUGCAAAUGAAUACAAAAUAAAAUAAUUUAGUUGUACUAUUUCACUGUUAGUCAUUUUAUCAUUUAUUAAAAAAAUACAAAAUCGAAA